GGCCAAUUACAUCUCAGCUUGUUUAGAUGUUUUAACCAAUGAGAUUUAACCUAUGUUUACGGCAGAAGGCAACAAGAAGUUUCAAAAUGGGGUUGGAAAGUACAAUGGUUUGUGUCGACAAUAGCGAAUACAUGAGAAAUGGAGACUUUUUGCCAACAAGGCUGCAGGCUCAACAAGAUGCCGUGAACAUUGUUUGUCACUCAAAAACGCGCAGCAACCCGGAGAAUAAUGUGGGCCUCAUUACCAUGGCAAACAACUGUGAGGUCCUGACAACACUGACACCUGAUACUGGCCGCAUCUUGUCCAAACUACAUGCUGUCCAGCCCAAAGGAACAAUCUCAUUCUGCACUGGCAUUAGGGUGGCACAUCUUGCCCUGAAGCACAGACAAGGGAAAAACCAUAAGAUGAGGAUCAUUGCUUUUGUUGGGAGUCCUGUGGAGGACAGUGAGAAAGAUCUUGUAAAACUUGCAAAACGCUUGAAAAAAGAGAAAGUGAAUGUAGAUAUCAUCAACUUUGGUGAGGAGGAGGCGAAUACAGAGAAACUAACAGCAUUCAUAAAUGCUCUAAAUGGCAAAGAGGGAACAGGCUCGCACCUAGUUACAGUCCCUCCAGGACCCAGUCUGGCUGAUGCACUCCUCUCAUCUCCCAUCCUGGCUGGCGAAGGAGGUUCGAUGAUGGGUCUUGGCGCCAGUGACUUUGAGUUUGGUGUGGAUCCCAGUGCUGAUCCUGAGCUAGCCCUGGCCCUGCGUGUGUCUAUGGAGGAGCAGCGUCAAAGACAGGAGGAGGAGACCCGCAGAGCUGCUGCUGUCUCCGCUGCUGAGGCCGGCAUGACCACAGGCAGUGCAGAUGAAUCAGAGGAGGCCUUAUUGAAGAUGUCAGUAUCUAAGCCUGAGACUGGUGCAGCAGUGCUUCCUGAUUUCAGCAGCAUGACUGAGGAGGAACAGAUAGCCUACGCCAUGCAGAUGUCUUUGGCUGGAGGAGAGUAUGGUGAUUUGGACACAGGAGCCCCCAUGGAUACUGCAGAAUCAGUAAAGGAGGAGGAUGAUUAUGAUGUGAUGCAAGACCCAGAAUUUCUUCAGAGUGUGUUGGAGAACCUACCAGGUGUUGACCCAAACAAUGAGGCCAUCCGCAACGCCAUGGGUUCACUAACUUCACAGUCAGGAAAUAAACCAGACACCAAAAAGGAUGAUGAAAAGAAGAAAUGAGGAAGACAAGGACACCCCCCCCCCCCCCCGCAUUAAUUUAAAAAAGAAAUGCGGUGUAAUGCAGGAUAACUUUCAGAAAAUACUGCAAAUGGAUUGACAGUACUUGGCAACAUUUUAUACACAAGCAAACAGAAUUUACACCUGUAUUGUUUGACUGUUUAGUGCUGCAUUUGACUGCCUGGUGACAUGAAAUGACUUAACAUGCACAUUUGUGCACUCUUAUCAGUUAUGUUGGAUUAGUAAUGAUAAUAAAACUUUAAAAAC